GUUAGUGUGGAGGCCACAGAGCUCCCCUACCCUUCCUCUUCUCUUUCUUUAGAUUUUUGGAUUAAACCAGCCGGGUCUAAGGUCCUACCAGCCACAGAUCUUCUCUUCCUCCUGCAGCCACCAUGAAGAUCGCUUCCUUCAACAUCCAGAAGUUUGGAAAAAACAAAGUUUCAGACUCAAAUGUGCUCGAUAUCCUGAUAAGGAUCAUUUCUCGAUACGACAUCAUCCUGAUCCUGGAGGUUGUGGAUGUCAGCGGAGAGUCUGUAAAAACUCUCAUGGACGCACUCAACACAGCCAACAGGGAACAUCACUACACUCUGAAGAUCAGCAGUCGUCUGGGCCGAACACGUUACAAAGAGCAGUUCAUGUUCCUGUACAGGGACGACCUGGUCGACUUGGUCGGCUCUUAUCAGUUUGAUGACAAGGUGACUGAAGGAGGAGAUGUUUUCGCCAGAGAUCCCUACAUCCUGAGAUUCAGAUGCCUGAAUACAGUACUGAGAGAUCUGGUGAUGAUCCCGGUUCACACCAAACCAGAGGACUCAGAGAAGGAGCUGGACGAGCUCUACGACGUCUUUCAGCACGUCAAGCAGAAGUGGAGGACCGAUAACGUGAUGAUCCUCGGCGACUUCAACGCCGACGGCCUAUACGUCUCCAAGAGGGACAUGAAGGACAUCCGUAUCCGCAGUGACAAGAACUUCCACUGGCUGAUUGGAGACGACGUGGACACCACAGCGAGCAACAAGAACGACCACACAUACGACAGGAUCGUUGUUUAUGGAGAUGACAUGCUUCAGGCGGUGGUACCAGACUCUGCAAAACCCUUCAACUUCCAGAAAGCCUACAGCCUCAGCCAGGAGCUGGCCCUGGAAGUGAGCGAUCAUUACCCUGUGGAAGUGGAGAUGAAGACUUUAAGACCUGGUCCAGAACCACAGCCUGGGCUGGUGGCUGUGGACAAGGAUCUACUGGAGCUGAAGAGAGGAAACCUGCUGCUGGAGAGGGAGAAGCUCAACCUGGAGAUCCAGAUCCUCCGAGCAAAGUUGGCCAAGAUGAAUGAAGCUUAAACUCAGAAGUCCAGCUCUGCCCGGAACAACCGAGACGUUCAACCACGUAUUCUAGAAAUCAUUAAAACACUGAGCAGUUUUGAAGAAAGCAGAAAUUAAAUGUCAUUUUCAUUC